AUGUCGGCUUCAUUAUUCGAUGACGGUGGGGAGCAGUUAAGCAAGCACCUGAAAGUUUUUUACAAAAAAUUGUUCCCUUGUGAGUUGUUUGCCCGUUGGCUCGCAUACGACUCAAAGAACUCUGCGGAUACGGUUUAAGUGUCUCAUUCCGUUUAUCAUUGUUUAGCUUUCGCGUAGAGAAUUUAGUUUUUCACUUGCUGGCGAUGUCUAUGUCCGUUAUCAAAGCUUCAGCGACCCUAUAUCUUUAAGGAAGGAGUUGGUCAAAACUUGUCCGCACAAAAUUGACAUCGGUGCUGUAUACAGCGCCUCGCCAACGCUUCAACGUUCCCUGUCUGCGUCUUCUUUCAAGGUGUUGUCAUCUGUCUUCACGAUAGUUUAUCUAGUUUAUUAA